AUGGGAGAUCCUUUAAGUACUGCAACUUUGGCGCCGGGGCCAAACCUCUCGCUGGAAUGGGGUUUCAACUUGACUUCUGACCUGGGAAACCGCGUCGCCUUCCCAGGGCCGCCGCCUCCGCUGCCACCCGAGCAACCCAGCCGCCGCGCGCGCUUGGUCUUCCUGGGGGUCAUCCUGGUGGUGGCGGUGGCGGGCAACGCCACCGUGCUGUGCCGCCUGUGCGGUGGCGCAGGGCCCCGGAUGGGUCCCAAACGCCGUAAGAUGGACUUCUUGCUCGCGCAGCUGGCCCUGGCCGACCUGUACGCGGGCAGCGGCAACGCGCUCUGGCAGCUGCUCUGGGAGCUGAUGGGGGAGCCGCGCCGCGGGGCCGGAGAGCUGACCUGCCGCUGCCUGCAGCUGUUGCGCGCGUCCGGCCGGGCCGCCUCCGCCCACCUGGUGGCGCUCAUCGCCCUGGAGCGCCAGCGCGCGGUUCUCCGCCCCCAGGCCCCGCCGCUGCCCGCGCGCGCCCUCGCGGCCCUGGGCUGGCUGCUGGCGCUGCUGCUGGCUCUGCCGCCCACCUUCGUGGUGCGCGGGGGCAUCCCCUCCCCGCCACGCACCGCGUCCCCGGCCGGCCGCACCUGGCUGGGGGAGUGGCGCUGCCGCAGCAUCUUCCCUCCCCUGCCCCGCUGGCACCUGCGGGUGUACUCGCUCUACGAGGCCGUCGCGGGCUUCGCGUUGCCAGCUGUGGUCCUGGGCGUGGCUUGCAGCCGCCUACUCCGCGCCUGGUGGCGGCACUCGUCCCCAAACCCAGCGACUGGGGCCCCCGGGUCCGCGAGCCCGGGCAGGGAGCCCGCGCCUGGCGCAUUACCCCGCGCCAAGGUGCAGAGUGUGAAGAUGAGUCUGGUGCUGUCGCUGCUCUUCGUGGGCUGCGAGCUGCCCUACUUCGCUGCCAGGCUGGCAGCAGCGUGGUCGUCCGGACCCGUGGGAGACUGGGAGGCCGAGUACCUGGCGGUGGCACUGAACCUCGUGGGGGUGGCCAAAUGCGCACUGGACCCCUACGUCUACCUCUUCUUCCAGGCAGGGGACUGCAGGCUGAGGCAGAGGUUGCGAAGGCGCCUGUGCGCCGUGUGCUGCGCGCAGGGCGGAGUGUCGGAGGACGAGGAAAGGGCCGGGGGCCACCAGGCGCUUCACCGCCACCGCUGGCCCCACCCCCAUUACCACCACGCCCGGAGAGAGCAGCCCCAGGAGCGCGGCUUGCGCGGCCCCCCGCCCCGCCCCCGGGCGCUGCCCUGCUCUUGCGAAAGCGCCUUCUAGCUAUCACUGGCUGGGUUGAUCACCUCUCCAUAGCACAGCCUGAGCGGGCCUAUCUAGAUCACAACAGGUGGAAGGUCUCCGAGUGACACCGACC